GCCUCCGUCUCAGCACGUUGGUGAUAGAAGUGGAUUGAAGCGGGGCAUCCACGUGCACAGCGAGGGAUGAGUUUCUGAGGUUGUCCGGCGUGUUUAUUAAACUCACGAUGGCAUCGAAGGCCAAGGGGGGGAUUCGGAAAGGUAAAGGCCGGGAGGCAGCGCCGGUGCGCCGGGGUCUGGAGCAGAAAGCCGGGGGCUCCGAGAGCGAGGACUCGGAUCAGGAGGAGCUGGAGAGGAACUUCUCUCUGAUCAGAAAGCGCUUCGCGGCGCCGGGACCCCAGGGAGCCCCGGACUCCAGCGAGGCAAGAGAGAGGGAAGACUCCGGGGCAGAGGAGGACUCGAGGUGCGGCGGCGAGGGAGGCGAAGACACCGGGGAGAGCGACGCCAGCGACGGGUCCGAGGAGUCCGACUGCGAUACUGAAGAUGGAGACUCGGGGGAUCAGCAGCCUGGCCUGGGAAAAUUAAAAAACACUGGUGGGAAAAUGGAAACUAGAGAAGAAAUCCAGAGAGAACUUUCCGCAAUGUCCUUUGAGGAGAUAAUGCAGCUGCAGAAUAAGGUUGGAACUAAAAUCUACAAUGAAGUGGCUUAUGGGUCAAAAAGAAAGCCUUCAUCGGAGAAAGGAAUGAAGCGCCUGAACAAGAACAGGCCCAUGGAGAUAUCAGCCAAGCAGCCUGUUCCUUUUCUCAGGCGGGUGGUGCCAGUCAAAAAACCGGUAUUCAGAGAUCCUCGUUUUGAUGAUUUGUCAGGAGAGUACAACCCGGAGGUAUUUGAAAAGACUCACAAGUUCAUAGGAGACAUUAAGAAAAAAGAAAAAGAGCUGAUCCAGAAAAAGCUGAAGAAAGUUAAAGAGCCAAAGAAAAAAGAGAGACUGCAGCUGCUAUUAAAGAGAAUGGUUAAUCAAGAGGAGGCACAGAAGAGGAAGCAGAUUCAGAGAGAGAGGGAACUGGAAUUCAAGCGGAAGCAGAGGGAGCUCGUGCAACAGGGCAAGAGGCCCUUCUUCCUGAAGAAAUCUGGCAUACGUAAGCUGGAGCUGGCAGAGAAAUACAACGAGCUGAAAAAGAGUGGCAAGCUGGAGAGCUUCCUGAGUAAGAAGAGGAAGAGGAAUGCCAUCAAGGAUCGGAAAAAACUGCCAUUUCAACAGAAACCCCACGCAAGCUAUUAACGAGGCUGAUUUCCGAUUUGAUUGGUCUCUAUUGAGGGCCUUGCAGUUAGAGAUAGUCCUCCCUUGUGAACCUGUCUUGUCUGCUGGGUUUUGCGCCAGCCACAUUCUUGAUCAGUGGCUGCUUGGUCUCAGUUUUUCCAUUUAGGAAAUAUUAAAUUUGCUUUCUGCUCUUAGCGAGUUGAAUGGGAUUUGUAAUUGAUACCAUCCCUGUACCGAUUUUAGAGUUUCAGAUCUGUGCUCACACAGGUGUGCUCCACACAAUGUACUGCAGCUCCCUGGACCUUUGUGAAACAGGGGAAAAAACGGAUUGCGAGAGUGAUACAUUGCCAUUCCCACCUGUGUCUAUCGGAAACCAAUGACCAAUUAGUGGUGCCACUAACAAGGAUAUACAAGAAACACCAGACUAUAGUCCUGCUUAAAGUAACAGUGACAGUCAUUGUAAUAGUGAGGAUUUAAUUUGGAUCACCAAAGACCUUUUUUGUACCAUUACAUAUUGUUCUUUUUAUUACACGUUUUUGUACUGUUAAAGUGUGAUGCUGAAUCUUUAAAAUAGCUUGGAGAAUCAGUGUACUACUGUCAACUUUUGUAUUUCCAAAACAGGAUUUUAAAUUUAUAAAUCAAUUGAUUCAAAAUAAAUGCUUAAUGUGUGGUCA